AUGGCGCCCAGUUUCGAUACCCUGACUGAGCAGGACCUCCACGAGGAAGAGGAGGAGGAGAUCGACUUCUCUGACUUGAAGGAACAAUACGAGGUGAAGGUCGAGGAGGGCUUGGACACCUUCGUUGUGAUCGAUGGACUUCCUGUGGUCCCCGAGGAUUCUCGCCAGAAGCUGGUCAAGUUCUUGCUGAGGAAAUUGAACACCGUCGGCCAGACCUCCGAAGAUGCCGUCUAUAUGCCUUUGAAUGAUAAGGGCAUGUCCGAAGGAUAUGCCUUCGUCGAAUAUGAAACCCCCGAACAAGCAGUCGCCGCCGUUAAGCAACUGCACGGCGUUCCCCUCGAUAAAAAGCACAUUCUUUCAGUGAACAAGUUGAUGGACAUUGAGCGUUAUGGCCGGGAGGGCCGUGUUGAGGAAGAGUAUGUCGCGCCCGAGGUUGAGCCCUUCAAAGAGAAGGAGCACCUGCGCUCGUGGUUGGGAGACCCCAACGCCCGGGAUCAGUUCGCCCUUUACCGCGGUGACAAGGUGGGCGUUUUCUGGAACAACAAAUCCAAUCCGCCCGAAAAUGUUGUCGAUCGCGCGCACUGGACACAGCUCUUCGUUCAAUGGUCCCCUAAGGGUACCUUCCUGGCUUCCGUCCACCCACAGGGUGUUCAACUUUGGGGUGGACCUUCUUUCUCCAAGCAAAAACAGUUCCCUCAUCCUUUCGUCCAACUCAUUGAAUUCUCUCCACUAGAGGGCUACUUGACUACUUGGUCCGCGCGCCCAAUUCAAGUUGAGGAGGGCCAACCCAUCCUGACCUACGAGGAAGAUGGAAAGAACAUCAUUGUCUGGGAUAUCGAGUCUGGCAAGCCUCUCCGUUCCUUUGUCUCACACGACCUCGCUGCCGGCCCUGCAGAUGACGGCGAAGUUCAACCUAAGAAGAAGGUUCAGUGGCCCGCUUUCAAAUGGUCCGCGGACGAAAAAUAUGUCGCUCGCAUGCUCCAGGGCCAAUCAAUCUCCAUCUACGAAGUCCCAAACAUGAAUCUCCUGGGCAAGACCUCAGUGAAGAUCGAGGGCGUAAAUGAUUUCGAGUGGUCACCAGCCACCGUCACCCGCGAGGGUGUGAAGCAAUACGAGCAGCUUCUCUGCUUCUGGACUCCUGAAAUCGGCAGCAACCCUGCCCGUGUCGCCAUGAUGAGCGUGCCCUCUAAGGAAAUCGUCCGUACUCGCAACCUGUUCAAUGUCUCCGAUGUCAAGCUGCACUGGCAAUCACAAGGUGCCUAUGUCUGUGUCAAGGUUGACCGCCACUCCAAGUCCAAGAAAUCGAUGGCCACCAACCUGGAAAUUUUCCGCGUACGCGAAAAGGGUGUUCCAGUCGAGGUGGUUGACAGUCUCAAGGACACUGUGAUCAACUUUGCCUGGGAACCCAAUGGAUCCCGCUUCGUUCUUAUCACCAACGGAGAGAACCCCACCGGGGCUGCUGUCCCUCCCAAGACCUCCGUUUCCUUCUUCGCUUCUGAGAAGAAGGGUAUCACCGCUGGUAACUUCAAGCUUGUCCGCACCAUCGAGAAGAAGACCAGCAACGGUAUCUACUGGUCUCCCAAGGGUCGUUUCGUUGUUGUGGCUACUGUUCACUCCCAGUCCAACUUUGACCUUGACUUCUGGGAUAUGGACUUUGAGGGCGAGAAGACGGAUGCUGACAAGGACCUUGCUGCGAACCUGCAGCUCAUGAAGACCAACGAGCACUAUGGUGUUACCGACAUCGAGUGGGACCCAACAGGACGCUACGUUGUCAGCAGUGCUAGUGUUUGGACGCACUCGAUGGAAAACGGCUGGAACUUGCACACUUUCUCUGGCCAAACACUCUCUGAUAACCCGACCGAGAAAUUCAAGCAGUUUGCUUGGCGGCCACGGCCCCCUACCUUCCUGAGCAAGGAGGAGCAGAAGCAGGUGCGCAAGAACCUGCGUGAGUACUCGAAGGAAUUCGAUGAGGAGGACAAGUACGCCGUGGACAUCGCCAACACUGCCGUGGUGGAGACCCGCAAGCGGGUGCUCAACGAGUGGCUUGCCUGGACGCGCCGCGAGAAGGAGCUUCUGGCCGAGGAGAAGGAGGCUUUCGGUCUGCCCGAGGAAGCCGAUUCACCCAAGCUGGCCAAGGAUGCGCCAGUGGGCGGCGAUUCAGAAGGCGAUACCGUGGUCGAAGAGAUCGUCGAGGAGAUCAUCGAGGAGACGGAGGAAAUCAUUGGUUAA